AACUCCUGAACAAAAAGGUGCUUCUUUUUAACUGACAAGCGUUGCUUUACUUGUAUCUGGACUCAAAGUCGAUUGUUUGUAUCUGGGCUGGAGGAGUUUAUCUUGCAUUCCGGCCCACAGGCCCACGCGGAGUUCAUUCGACCGAUGUUCAAACCCCGAGGAGGAUGGGCCAGUGCUGUGGAAUACUGCUCUGGGGGAGUGACGACAACGACAGCAACAACGAGAAUGCUUCGCUCUCCCCGUGCUCCUCGCCGGCGUGGAGGCUGAGCCGCCGGUGCAGCUGCCCUGAUGCGAUUCCGCCGCCCCCGACCGUUGGCUUCGCCGCCACGCCAACUCGACCCUCUGCAGUAAGCUGCCAUAAAGAGAUGGACUCUCAGGAGGUGUUUAGUGCUGCUAGUCUUCCUGAUGAUCUAGUUGUGGAAAUACUGUCCCGACUGCCGUUGAAGACUUUUUGCCGUUUCAAAUGUGUCUGCAAGGCUUGGCUUGCCUUCUCCUCCAAUCCACACUACAAUCAGAAACUGCCGAAAUUUCCUACUGGUUUUUUUCAUGGAGGCAAGGGCGGAUCUGCUAUCCAGCUUGUUAGCCUCUACCCAAAUGACGUCGAAAUUGAUGGAGCUCUUAAAUUCUUGCCGCACUACAAGCAUUUGGAAUUUGCGGACUGUUGCAAUGGUCUAGUUCUUUGUAAGUACAGAUAUACUUCUUCAAAUAUUUGCCGCUUUGUGGUGUGCAACCCGGCAACACAAGAGUGGAGGAUGCUUCCUGAUACUUACCGUGAGCCAUAUCCGUAUGACUACCAGUAUACUGCUUUCUUGGCCUUCGAUCCAUCAUGGUCAGCACAGUUCUAUGUCUUGUGCUUUAAGAAGAAGUCUGAUGUUGGUGGGCGAUUUGGUAAUGUUAUCAGCGAACUUUGGGUGUUCUCGUCUGGACUAUCUAGAUGGCUUAUGGAUGAAGGAUGGAAUUCUGCGAUAGAUUUACCGAUGGAUAAACAAUACUUUUUUAUAGGUGGAAAGUUUUAUUUGAAGACACCUAGCCAUGAUGUUCUGGUGUUUGAGGGCUUGGAGGCAAUAAGUUUUGGCAUACCACCCUGUUAUUUUACUAUCAAAUUACCACAUGAUGUUUGGUGUUUCGAGGAUGGUUGCUUUGGCCAAUCAAUGGGAUUCUUGCAGUGCGCAUUUCCAGAGAAGGGUGACUGUGCAAUUGCAGUUCACAGUCUUGAUGCUUAUUCUCACGGGUGGUCUCCGAAACAUCGUAUUAGUAUGAAAGAUGCAUUAGGAAGGGAUGACUUUCUUUGUAGUGAUGAUGGGAACCUGCCCUGGCCGCGUGAUUACAAGAUAGUAUCUCUUGACUUGGAAAGAGGGGUUAUCUUCCUCGUCAAUAGUGGGACUAAUAAGCUUAUCUCGUACAACAUCAACACAGGGAAACGUAGUGAGAUCCAUGAUGAUUUUGAAUGCCAUUAUUUCGGGGCACGCUAUGCCAACCAAUACUAUGUGGCAUCCUACUCAAAGCUUCCAUUGCUGAGCAGAGCAAUGUAUGUGAUGUAGUGAGCAGCAUCAUCUCUUGUUCUCUUGUGCUGUGUCAUAUUGUGUGUACUCCACCCUUUCUAUAUUCUGUCAUUCCAGAUGCUGCGUGCCUCUCUAUCUCCUCUUUCAAGCACAACAGACCCGUGAAUGUUUCAGGUGUCAAAUAAAUAAAAACCCUGUGAAUGUUUUGGGUUCUAGUUGACAACAAUGCCCAAGUUGUGGAUGUUUGUGUUUGUUUUCCACCAUAAAGAAUUCUGUACUUAGGUUGGUAAUAGGAAUGGAUGGAGUUUGG